CCGGGUGACGCGGUGAUGCAACCACUGUUGGACCAGUGUCGUGAGCUCUGCAUGCUGGACAACGAACUCUCCUACUUUGAAUUUGUCGUAACGUCUGCAAACCAUCCCGUCUACCUAAGACUACUAGCCGCUAUUGCUGCUGUCCGGGCCUGA